AUGAAUGUAAAAGCUCCACUCUCCCUGGAUACCUUUAUAAAACUUGCGUUCUGUCUAGAAGGUCGAGACAAGCUUUCCAAGAUAUUGCAAUAUGGCAGUCGAGCAGUAGCCUUCUACAUCCUGUCGAUCAACCCCAAGAGUGACGUGGGACAACGACUGUAUGCUCUUUACAAGGUCAUGCAGCAAUCAAGAAAGGCUUUUCGACUGGGCAAGAGUAUUACGUACUAUAAAAAGCUGGAGACACUGUCCAAAAACAAGAGUUUGUCGGAGGGACAACGGUAUUUGCAAUUUGUCCAGAAUCUGGGCAUGUUAGGCUACUUUAUCACAGACAAUUUGGCUUUUGCAAGCAAAGCUAAGGUGCUUUACUUUGAUGCAGACAAGUUGGCGUAUCGUGGAGGCAUUCUGUGGUUCUGUGCCAACUUGGCGGGCUUCUUUAACGCUUUGGACAAUCUCAAUGCCGAUGUGGAGAAGGAAAAGUGUGUCAGGGACAUUCUGGCCUCGGAGGAGGACACUACGCGCGUGGAAACGCUGCAGCAUCAACUGGAAACACUGAGAAGUUGCCGCUGUAAGCAAUUGCUUGCAGUGCUCAAGGCGACGUGUGACCUCAUUGUGUCGUCCAACACGACAGGAGUGAGGUUAUCGGAGCGAAUUACUGGCACGAAACUACAUGACGGCGUGAUUGGUUCGGUCGGUUGUGUGUCGGCAAUGGUCGUGCUGUACAACACGUGGCCCAGUGAAGUGAAGGAGACCGUUAAAAUGACUGAGACCAGAGUGGAGACGAAGACCGAAGGCAAGACUCAAGCAAAAGACGAGACGAUAAGUGAGGCGAACUAA